CCAUGCCAGAGUGUCUGUGUGACCUGAUAUACUGGUAAUGCUGAUGCGAGUUUAUCAUUCCUUUUAUUGCAUCAGGAGUGUGUUUGAAGCGAGUUACUUUAAAGAGUCCGGGAGAAUGGCGCAGCCACUGUUCAUGCUGGUAUCUUUUGUCCUGGUGUUGUUCUGCGGAGGACAAGAUUGGACGGCUCCAGACUUUUGCCAUCAGCAACAAUGUCCUCAAUACAGUGUGGUUGAGACAAACCAGGAUUUUGAGACACGUUUGUAUGUUUCCACUGAAUGGAUUACCACCAAGUUGGAAAGCGGUGAGAUAGCUGAUUUGAUGGCUGCACGUUCAAGGCUGGCUGACUACUGCAAGAGACAGAGUGAUGCAGGUUAUAAGAUCCCUGUUGACACCUGGCCAGUGCUGAUCACCAUCACAGAUGAUGCCACACAGGAUUUGUCAGUGUCCUGGUUUGUUCCUCCUAACACAACAAAGCCUGAAAACACUGAUCCGUCAGUCACAUGGCAAAGCAGACCUGAGGGCACGGUCUACGUCAGGGUCUUUCAUGGUCCUCCAAGCAUCAAGGAUGGUCAAGAAAAUGCAAGGAUGCUUCGUGAGGCCUUGGUUCAAGCUGGGAAAACCUUUAAUCCCAACACUUACAGUGGGGCUGGCUAUGACCCCAUUUUCUCUGUUACUCACCACAAUGAGAUCUGGAUCUAGUGUGCAUCAUACAGUGGCAGGAAAAAGUAUGUGACGCUCUUGGAAUUUCAUGGUUUUCUGAAUAAAUUUGUCAUAAAAUGCAAUCUGAUCUUCAUGUCAAGGGUAUUGACUAAUAAAAACAUGCCUAAAAUAAA